AUGAAACUUGCAGGUGCUACGUACAUGGACAUUCACCAGGCUGGAGGAGGAAUCAAUUUUACAGUGGAGCAUACAGAAGCUGCUUCAGAGGAAGAUCUCUACUGCAGCUUUAAACAACGCCUCCAGCGAAUGCUCAGGGCAGGAACUACAUUAGUAGAGUGUAAAAAUGGAUAUGGCUUGAAGCUGGAGACAGAACUGAAGAUGCUGAGAGUGAUUGAGCGUGCCCACAGGGAAAUGGACAUUGGCAUUUCCUGUACAUACUGUGGUGCCCAUUCAGUGCCAAAAAGUGCUGAAACAGCAGCCACGGACAUAAUUGAAAAUCAUCUCCCUGCACUCAAGCAAAUGGCUAUAAAUGAAGAAAUUCAUGUGGACAACAUUGAUGUCUUCUGUGAAAAAGGAGUGUUUGACCUCGAGUCAACAAGGAAGAUCCUUCAGGCUGGGAAAGCUAUUGGACUACAUUUGAAUUUUCAUGGGGAUGAACUCAACCCUAUGAAUUCUGCAGAGCUGGGUGCAGAAUUGGGAGCACAUGCCGUGAGUCACCUAGAAGAAAUAAGUGAAGAAGGAAUCACUGCAAUAGCUGCAGCCAAGUGUUCUGCCAUUUUGUUGCCAACAACUGCCUACAUCCUAAGGCUUAAACAACCUCGGGCUAGAGACAUGCUCAGUGCUGGGGUCAUAGUAUCUCUUGGAAGUGACUUUAAUCCCAAUGCAUACUGCUUCUCCAUGCCUAUGGUGAUGCACCUAGCUUGUGUCAAUAUGAGGAUGUCUCUGAAUGAAGCCCUUGCUGCUUCUACGAUAAAUGCUGCAUACUCCCUGGGAAGAUCUCAUACACACGGUUCUCUUGAGGUUGGAAAACAAGGCGAUGUUGUUAUUCUAAAUGCCCCAAGGUGUGUUUCAGCUGUCUACCAUAUGAAUUAUCUUACACAGGAUUUAUUUGACCAUUUUAAUUAA